CCCCGAGCUCUUCCUGUGCCGCUGUUGCGACACCCUUCUGCCUCUCUCCCUUCCCCUCCCACCUCCUCUUUCCUCCUCUGCUUUAAUUUUCUCGGAGUUUUGUGGACUCAGGCUUCGGUUCUGGCCUUCGGGAUUUGAGGCCUCUGGGACCAGGCCGUGAUCUCCAUUCCAAUCUCAGACCUCAACUCCUCUAACCAAGGCCCAGGCUCCACUUGGGACCUCCCGACCCGCUCAAUCUGGGACUCUGCCUGCUGCCGUCACUGCCGCCACUGCCUGAGCCCUCAUGGGGGAGUGAGAGGCCACAGCUGGCCAGACAUGGGCCUCCCCACCGUGCCUGGCUUGCUGCAGCCACUGGUGCUCCUGGUUCUGUUGGAAAUAUACCCCUUAGGGGUUACUGGACUGGUCCCUCGCCUCAGGGACCGGGAGAAGAGAGACAGCCUUUGUCCCCAGGGAAAAUACAACCACCCUCAAAAUGCAUCCAUUUGCUGUACGAAGUGCCACAAAGGGACCUACCUAUACAAUGACUGUCCAGACCUGGGGAUGGACACGGACUGCAGGGAGUGUGAAAACGGCACCUUUAUUGCUUCUGAGAACUACCUCAGACAAUGCUUUAGCUGCUCGAAAUGCCGAAAAGAAAUGGACCAGGUGGAGAUUUCUCCUUGCACAGUGGACCGGGACACUGUAUGUGGCUGCAAGAAGAACCAGUACCGGAAAUAUUGGAGCGACAGUCUUUUUCAGUGCCUGGACUGCAGCCUCUGCCCCAAUGGCACGGUGCACAUCCAGUGCAAGGAGAGACAGGACACCAUAUGCAACUGCCACGCAGGGUUCUUUCUAAGAGAUAACAAAUGUGUGUCCUGUGUUAACUGUCAGGAAAACACAGAGUGCACGAAGUUGUGCCUACCCACAUCUGCAACUGUUAAGGACCCUCAGGACACAGGCACCACAGUGCUGUUGCCCCUGGUGAUCUUUUUUGGUCUCUGCUUUUUAUCCCUCCUCUUCAUGGCUUUAAUAUGCCGCUUCCAACGGUGGAAGCCCAAGCUCCACUCCAUUGUUUGUGGGAAAUCGACACCUGCCAAAGAGGGGGACCCUCAGCCGCUGACCCCAGCCCCAGGCUUCAGCCUCACCAUGGGCUUCAGUCCCAUUCCGGGGUUCAGUCCCAUCCCCAACUCCGCCUUCACCCCCAGUUCCGCCUUCACCCCCAGUUCCGCCUUCACCCCUGGUGGCUGGUCCAAGUGCCCGGCCGAAUCACCCCCUAGAGAGAUGGCUCCAUCCCACCAUGGGGCUGACCCCCUUCUCAAAGCGGCUCCAGUCUCCACCCCCAUCCCCACCCCUCUUCAGAAGCCGCAGGAGAGCGCCCACACACGGCGCCCAGACGCGGACCCCGCAACGCUGUACGCGGUCGUGGACGGCGUGCCCCCGUCGCGCUGGAAGGAGUUCGUGCGGCGGCUGGGGCUGAGUGAGCACGAGAUCGAGCGGCUGGAGCUGCAGAACGGGCGCUGCCUGCGCGAGGCGCACUACAGCAUGCUGGCGGCCUGGCGGCAGCGCACGCCACGCCACGAGGCCACGCUGGAGCUGCUGGGCCUUGUACUCCGCGACAUGGACCUGCUAGGCUGCCUGGAGGACAUCGAAGAGGCGCUGCGUAGCCCCGCCUCCCUCAUGCCCGCCCUCUGCGAGCCCCGAUGAGGCCACGCCCCCGAGGUGGGAGAGGCUGUCCUGAGGACAGCCGCUUCCUGCUUCUGGGCUCCCAAGGACUUUGCAAGAUGCCCUCUAGAUCCCCUUUUUUUAUGGAGAGGAGGGGUCUUGGAGGGGCAGGCGUGAGCUGGCAGCCCCUUACUUGGUGCUACUCCCUCAGUGUACAUAGCUUUUCUCAGCUGUCUGAGCACUGGGAGCGUCAGCGGUGUGUGUGUGUGUGUGUGUGUGUGUGUGUGUGUGUGAGAGAGAGAGGGAGAGAGAGAGAGGAAGAGAGAGAGAGAGAGAGAGAGAGAGAACAUACAGAUAUAGAUAGAUGUGGUGUGUGUGGUUGUGGGAGAGGCUGAGUGUGCCAGGAGCCCAAGUUGGCGGUUGUGAUAAGGAGUACCAGGCCACAUUGCCUAUUUGGGGCCUGGAGGACCCAACAAGGCUGCUUAGGAGACCCUAGUUGGUCCCUGAGCCUUUUUCACAGUAGAUAAGCAAUCUUUGUAUCAAUUAUUUUACACUAAUAGAAACUUGGCACCCCUUUGCCCCCUAUCUGGACAAGCACAGAGUAAGCUGAACUGUCCCAGGGCAGGGACAGUACAGGACAAUGGGGCCUCCAGCCGGAGCUGUGGACUUCUGUAAAUACACUAAAACUGGAAAAGUAAA